AUGCCGAGGUCCUUCCUAGUAAAGAGCAAGAAAGCGCACAGCUACCACCAGCCCCGCUCAGCUGACGAGGACUACAGCCUGCGGCUGGAGACGCUGCUAGCUCAGAUCUGUGCAGGUAGGAGUCCCGCGCUCGCAGCCUCUCUUGCGGCGGACGCACCUUCCCAGGGACGCUCCUCCCCGGAAUCCCACCUUACCGAGGCCGCCGAUGGCACCUCCGAGUCAGCGCCCAGCUGCGAGGGCAGCGUCUGUGACAGGGUGUCCGAGUUUGAGGAUUUCUGGAGACCCCCCUCGCCUUCCGUCUCACCAGCUUCGGAGCGGUCCGUGUGUCCGUCCCUAGAUGAAGCACCCGCCUUCUCCGUGCCCUUCAAACCGUACAUGUGGAACAGCCUGGGCGGCUCCGAGCUGAGGCACCUUGUGCAGAGCUACAGGCCCUGCCCGUCGCUGGAGCGAACCUCAGCCCUGGGGCUCUUCUGUGAGCGGGGCUCCGAGCCUGCCCUCUACGGUGCAGAGUGCAGCUCUUCACUGGGACUGUACGGUGACUUCAGCUCCCCGGGCCCGGGGCUGUUUGAGCGGCCACCGGCAGCGGCACCCGGACUUUAUGCCGAGGCGCAGCCUGGGCUGCAGCAAGAGAAGGGGCCAGGUGGCAUCAAAGUGGAGUCAGACCUCUUGUGCCGCCCGUUGCUCAUCAGCGCUGGUUCUUACAAGUGUGUCAAGUGCAGCAAGGUCUUCUCCACGCCUCAUGGCCUUGAGGUACAUGUGCGCCGCUCACACAGUGGCACGAGACCCUUUGCCUGUGACAUGUGUGGCAAGACCUUUGGCCAUGCAGUCAGCCUGGAGCAGCACAAGGCCGUGCACUCGCAGGAACGCAGCUUUGAUUGUAAGAUUUGUGGCAAGAGUUUUAAGAGAUCUUCUACUCUGUCCACCCACCUGCUCAUCCACUCGGACACCCGGCCCUAUCCAUGCCAGUACUGUGGGAAGCGCUUCCAUCAGAAAUCUGAUAUGAAGAAGCACACCUUCAUUCACACAGGUGAGAAGCCUCACAAGUGCCAGGUGUGUGGAAAAGCCUUUAGUCAGAGCUCCAACCUCAUCACCCACAGUCGGAAGCACACAGGCUUCAAGCCCUUCGGCUGUGAUCUGUGUGGCAAGGGCUUCCAACGAAAGGUGGAUUUACGGAGACACCGGGAGACACAGCAUGGCCUGAAAUGAGUCCCAGCUGCAACACGGAAAGCACCCAAAACACUAUGAGAACAGACUCUGGCUUCCUUG